AUGUCUAAAGACGGCCUCGAGGAAUCCUAUCCUGCUGGAGAGUUCGCGACACAGUCUCCCAAGCGUCAAAGAUGGUAUCACCUCUUUGGUAAAGAUGUCAGUCACGUACCAGUCGAUGAAGGCUACUCGACAGGCUCAGAGACUGCAUCCCUACAAAGCGACUUGGUUAACAACCAUCACAAUGUAUUUGCUGCUCCUGAAGCCACAGAUAUCUACGAGAUCGUAGAUGGCUUUGAAGGUGCCCACCGCUUCGAGCCCUCUGCAACUUGGGAAGCUCACGAGGAGGAGAAGCUGGUCAGGCGGCUUGACUGGUUUAUCGCACUUCCUGCCUGCAUCAUGUUUUUUGCUCUCCAGCUGGACCGUGGCAAUAUUGUUCAAGCUCUUUCGGAUGGCAUGCUAACCGAUCUCGGUCUUACGACAAACGAUUACAACAAUGGCAUGACCAUAUUCUACUGUUCGUUCUUAUUCGCAGAACUCCCCUCACAAGUCAUUGGAAAAAAGCUUGGACCGGACGUCUGGAUCCCUAUCCAGAUGGUUCUAUGGAGUGUCGUGGCAAUGUCGCAAGCCGCACUUCAAGGAAAGACAAGCUUCUUCAUUUGUCGCUGGUUGCUUGGAAUGCUCGAAGGAGGAUUCAUCCCUGACACCAUUCUCUAUCUUUCGUAUUUCUACAAGAAUGUUGAGCUUCCUAGACGCCUAAGUUGGUUUUGGACAUCAUACCAAGGCACGCAGAUCGUUGGUGCCUUUUUGGCAUACGGUAUUCUCCACCUUAGGGGCCACAGUGGGUUGCAUGAGGGGUGGAGAUAUCUCUUCUUAAUUGAGGGCUCUUUUACUGCACUGAUCGGUAUACUGACCUUCCUCUACCUACCACCGUCGCCUACUCAGACGGCUCGCACGGGCUGGAAAGGCUUACUGCGACCCAAGGCUGGAUGGUUCUCUGAACGUGAAGAGAUCAUCAUGGUCACACGAGUUCUUCGGGAUGAUCCUGGCAAGGCUACCAUGCACAAUCGUCAGGGCUUGACAGGCAACCUGAUUUGGGAGGCCCUCACUGACUACCACAUGUGGCCUAUCUAUCUCAUCGGUCUGUCUUGGGGUAUUCCUAACUCGCCUCCCCAAGCAUAUAUCACACUCACUUGCAAGGCUCUUGGUUUUGAUACUUUCCAUACCAACCUUCUUACCAUCCCGGCAUACUCCUUAUUCAUUAUCCAGCUACUGUUCUGGACUUGGGUAUCCGAGAGAAUCAAUCAGCGGGUUCUCCUCGGUAUCGUCGGCCAACUGUGGAUCUUGCCAAUGUUGGUCUCCCUGGUCGCUUUGCCUCCCAUCUUCCCGGGUUGGAAAUGGAUAAAGUGGACUCUCUCUACGCUUCUUGUUGGCGCUCCCUACCCUCAUGCCAUCCUUGUGGCCUUGACGUCUCGCAAUGCCGGUUCCGUCCGCACUCGUACUGUUGGCUCCUCGCUUUAUAACAUGAGUGUUCAAAUGUCGAGCAUUAUAUCUUCCCAGAUAUACCGCAAGAACGACGCACCAUAUUAUUACACUGGGAACAAAGCACUCCUUGGGGUCGUGGGUUGGAAUAUUUUGGUCUACAUCCUUAUCAAGGCCUACUAUGUCAAGGAAAACAACAAAAGAGAUAAGAUCUGGGAAGGCAUGAGCAGGGAAGAGAGAAUUAGCUACCUCAAGACAACAACUGACAAGGGAAACAAGAGGUUGGAUUUCAGGUUUGCUUCCUGA